AGGGAGAAGGCGCCUGAAGCAAACAAAGAAAAUAGGCGCAUCAUCUGGACGGUUCACGACGUGAGGGGGGAAGGGAAGACCUGCCUUAUUAGCGCAGUGCCUCUAGCGAACCCCACUGGGGUGGCAGAGUGCAAUUGGAGCCGCGGAUUGAAACCAGGUUGGUGGAGGAGGGAGGACGAGGAUGCCUGGAGCAAAGAAGGUCGUACUGCCAAAAGAAGGCAGAAAACAGGCAGAAACACGCGGGUUCCUAAGGCCUUCGGAGCUUCACUGCAUUCACACCCUUCCAUUCCUUCAAUUCUUUCUCUUUCAAUCUUUUUUACUGCCUUCAUUUUCUUCCCCUCUCUCUGCUCAAUGGAAUGUCUCUUCUCUUAACGGCGUCUCUCCCCCUUAACAACGUCUAUCUCCUAAUGACCUCACUCCCUUCCUAAUGGCGUUUCCUGAGCCUGUCGCAAUUAUCGGCACGGGCUGCAGAUUCCCUGGCGCUGCAUCAUCACCGUCCAAGCUCUGGGACCUGCUCCAUCACCCGCGCAAUUUAGCCUCCAAAAUCCCCAGUGACCGGUUCAACCAUAGCGCGUUCUAUCACCAAGACAAUCAUCAUGGCACCAGCAGCUCCCCGGAAUCAUACUUCCUCUCUGAGGAUAUUUACGCAUUCGAUGCCCCCUUCUUCAAUAUCUCUCACGCUGAAGCGGAGUCGAUGGACCCCCAGCAGCGGCUGUUAUUGGAAGUCGUCUAUGAAUCUCUGGAAAGAGCCGGACUGCAGAUGGAGAGGCUUCGGGGAUCCAAUACCGGUGUGUUCUGUGGCCUCAUGAAUAUGGACUACGGCAACCUCAUCAGUGGCGAUUGGGAUGAGAUCCCCACAUAUGCUUCAUCGGGAACGGCAGCAUCGAUGCUGUCCAAUCGUCUGUCCUUCUUCUUUGACUGGCGUGGCCCUUCAAUGACCAUCGAUACCGCGUGCUCCUCAAGUUUGGUGGCCCUUCACCAGGGUGUAUGUGCUCUGAGGAGCGGGGACUGUCGGAUGGCCGUAGUAGCAGCCAGUAAUCUGAUCCUGAGUCCUCGAGAGUACAUUGCUGCUUCCAACAUGCGUUUACUUUCUCCCACUGGCCGAUGUCGGAUGUGGGAUGAAAAUGCCGACGGCUAUGCACGUGGUGAAGGAGUGGCCGCUGUGGUGCUAAAGCCGCUGAGCGAUGCUAUUGCUGCGGGGGACCAUAUUGAAAGCAUCAUUCGCGCCACAGGAGUCAACGCUGACGGACGCACUAUGGGUCUCACCAUACCAUCCAGUAUCGCCCAAUCGCAGCUGAUACGUUCCACCUAUGCUAGUGUUGGCCUGGACCCACAACGCCGCCCAGAAGAUCGAUGCCAACUUUUCGAGGCGCAUGGGACCGGGACACAGGCAGGAGAUCCGCAGGAAGCCUCCGCGAUCUAUGAAUCCCUCUUCGGAGAUACACCAUCGGAAGAUGUGUUGUAUGUUGGAUCUAUCAAGACAAUCAUCGGCCACACAGAAGGCACGGCUGGCUUGGCGAGUGUUAUCAAAGCAUCCUUAAGCAUUCAGCAAGGUAUCAUCCCUCCGAACCUGCUCUUCAACCGUAUAAAUCCGGUAAUUGCACCCGUCACCUCCCAUCUUCGCGUACCAACCGAGCCGUUGCCAUGGCCUAGCCUUUCCCGAAGCAGCCCUCGUCGUGUUUCAGUUAAUUCUUUUGGGUUUGGCGGAAGUAAUGCGCAUGCAAUCAUUGAGAGUUAUACACCGCCCGUCAUGGUCAACCUAGAGCAUGAGUUGUCACCUCAAGUUCUCCCAUUCGCCUUCUCUGCUGUUACAGAGAGGACGCUGACCAACGUGUUGGAGCGCUAUGUGGAGUUUCUGCAAAGGAACCCUCAAAUCGAUUUGCUGAAGUUUGCAGCAGCCUUAAUAGAGGGACGAUCAGCAUUUAGCCAUCGAGUCAUACUCACGGCCACCUCAGUGGGGGACCUCCAAAGGAGAAUCCAGGCAGAACUUAAGAAACGAAAUUCAACAACCUUGUCUUCUAGCAUUGUAUCCAGGGCCAAUGAUACCCCCAAGCAGGUGCUGGGAAUUUUCACUGGACAAGGGGCCCAGUACCCACAGAUGUUCUGGGAUUCGAUCUCCGCCAGUCCAAAAGCCUUGGUCUGGAUGGCGGAGCUUCAAGAGUCUUUGGAUACUCUUCCACCGCAGUUACGUCCAAGCUUUUCUAUGGUUGAGGAAAUUUCCAAUCCCGAACCAUUGUCAAGUCUCCACAAAGCAGGCAUCUCGCAGCCCCUCCGUACGGCAAUCCAGAUAAUUCAAGUCAAUAUGUUACGCGCCCUUGGUAUUACUUUCUCUGCAGUUAUUGGACACUCUUCAGGUGAGAUUGUGGCAGCGUAUGCUGCAGAUGCAAUCACGGCAACAGACGCGAUUCGAAUCGCAUAUCUUCGAGGAAUCGUGACCAAGCAAGCUGGCGCAAACGGUCAGUCUGGAGCGAUGAUUGCUGGUGGAAUUCCGUGGCAAGAAGCACAAGCUCUCUGUGAUGAAGGUGGCUUCAGCGGGAGAGUCAGAGUUGCUGCAAGUAACUCACCAGUCAGUGUAACAUUCUCUGGAGAUACAGACGCUGUGCAAGAUCUUGAGUGGAUGUUGAAAAGCUUAGAUAUCACGGUGAACCACCUUCAUGUGUAUACAGCAUACCAUUCUCACCAUAUGAUUCCAUGCGCAGAACCUUACCUUCACUCUCUCGAAUCAUCUGAUAUCCAAGCACAUCCAUUGACAACCAAGUGGUUUUCUAGCGUGUACGAGGGAAAGCAAUUAUCGACGGAAGACCUCAGCCCCCAAUACUGGACCCAAAACAUGCUCCGUCCAGUUUUAUUCUCGCAGGCCGUGACUGCUGCGUUUGCAGAUAAUCCUGGCUUAAAUUUGGUGGUCGAGAUCGGCCCGCAUCCUACGCUCAAGGGACCGGUUUUGCAAACCCUGUCCGGGAUAAAUCAUCGAGAACCACAGAUAGAUAUACCUUACUUUGGUCUUGCCAAACGCGGCGGUGGCAGUGUCGAAACAUUUGCGCACGCGGUUGGGCUUUUCUGGGCAUACCUCCAGCCAAAAAUUGAUAUCCAGCGAUAUCUUUCCCUAUUUGACAAUGACAGUUCUUAUGGGAGCCAUAUUUUAAAGCACAUGCCAACAUAUACGUUCGAUAAAAGGCGGACUUACCGGUUUACAUCACGUCUCACCAAGGCUCGCCUGCACCGUGUAGACCCACCGCAUCCUCUUUUAGGAGCUCUUAGUCCUGAAGCAGGUGACAACGAGUGGCGCUGGCGCAAUUACUUGAGCAGGGGAGAAUUAGAAUGGCUCAACGGUCAUCGAUUCCAAUCUCAGAUUGUAUUUCCUGCAACAGGAUACAUAGUCAUGGCGCUGGAGGCGGCUGCAGUAAUAGCACACGAUCAGUCUUUGCGUUUAGUAGAGCUAGACGAGGUACUCAUCAACCGUGCUCUCCACAUUCCGAACGACAUGACCGGGGUGGAGAUUAUCUUCAAAGUGGAGCAGAUAUCUACCAGCAACAAUGUGGUUUUUGGAGCUUUCCGAUGCUAUGCGAGCGUCUCUGGUGUCCUCAAGACCUGUGUUUCAGGUAAAUUGACUGUAACCAUGGGGGAGUACGAUGCUAUGUUGUUGCCUCCUAAGUCGCCGGUUUCUCUGUUGACACGACCAGUGGAUAUUGACGAGUUCUACACUUGUCUGGAAAAGGUUGGACUGGGAUAUAGCGGCUCCUUCAGGGGUAUUAAGGCUCUCACCAAAUGCACAAACAGGUCGAUGGGCACGGUCUCAAAUAACGGUAUCAUGUCUUCCUUGCUGCUGCACCCUGCCACCAUAGAUUGCAGUCUUCAGGGCUUGCUAGCUGCGAUGGAUAUUGGACAGCUUCACACACUACGCAUACCUGUGGCCAUCGAUCAUGUUUCCAUAAACCCAAUGUUCUGCAACGGCUCAGCUGGAACAAAAGAACAGCUUGCUUUUGAAGCAUUCCUCCAUAGUGUCGAGCCCGAUGGCGCGACUGGAGAUGUCAGCACUUUUGACCUUGAUGGCCACGGGAUUUAUCAGAUCGAAGGCUUCCAUGUCGCUCCCCUCAUGCUUCCCGAGGACCGCCCUAUCUUCUCUGAGAUCGUUUGGGGGCCACUUCUACCCCAGGUCACCCAUAACGAUACAUCUGAGGAUUCUGAGCUUAAUAAAAGUCUCAAGCUAGCAGAGUACUGUGCGCUCCUACAUAUAAGAGACACACGGAGCUGUAUAACGCCAACAGAGUACGAACACCUUGAUUGGCACCGCCGCCAUAUCGUAGAUUGGAUGGAUCGUGUUCUGUCCAUGACAAGUGACGGUACUCAUCCAAUUUGUCAUCCGUAUUGGUUGGGAUGCACCGUGGACUACGUCAGAGUAAUGGAAUCUAUGCUACCAAGCAAAAGCUGGGCCGAGCUGCGGACGGCAGGGGAAAGAUUGUUAGACUUCAUCAGAGGGAGCGCUGAGCUGCUGCGUGGACAAGAGCAAUUUGACCGACCAUACAAUGACCCAUUCGAGAGUCAGUCUAGCAACUUCCAGCUGGCAACCUUUGUUGAACAGAUAGCCUUUCGCUUUCCUCGGAUGAACAUCCUCGAGGUCGCCGCAGGAAGGGGUUCGGCCACAGAAACGAUCCUCAGCAAGAUCAAGCAGUCAUAUCGCUCAUACACCUUCACGGAUAUCUCUCCAGCCCUAUUUGCGGAGGCACAGACGGCUUUGUCUGAUCAUAAAGACCGGUUCCUUUACAAAGUUCUCGAUAUUGGCCUGGAUCCCUUCGAGCAAGGCUUUACGGAGCAUUCUUAUGACCUUGUCAUUGUAGCCGGUACAAUGCCUCUCCCCAAAAGACUGGAACAGACCUUGCAUAAAAUCCGCCGGCUGCUCAAGCCUGGAGGGUAUUUAGUUGUUCGUGCUGGCACCAACACUGACAUAAACCGUGUUGCACUGAUGUUCGGCUCCAUCAAAAGCUGGUGGUACGACGAAGAGGAAGGAAUCUCACGGAGUCCAGUCAUCUGCAUCCAGGAGUGGGAGAAGCUGCUUAAGAAGACCGGUUUUGGAGGGUUCCAAGCAAUUCUACCCGCAGGUCAACUCGAGUUCGACUCGACCUUUGUGUCUCAAGCAAUUGAUGACCGUACCCAGCUACUUCACGAUCCCUGGAACUUUUCGGACACAUUGUCGGAUAAGGUUCUCCUGGUAGGAGGCGCGACAGAAGCAACGGCAGACAUCGUACAAGAACUAAAGACUUUGCUUGCACCGCACUUUUCUCGUUUGGUUGUGACAUCGAGUCUCGAGGCCAUGAAUCUGCAUGACACAUUUGGGUGGUGCGCUUUGAGUUUGACCGAUCUUGACUCGCAAUUUUAUGAAAACCUCAUGGGCGAGCGCUUUAAUGGCUUAAAGAUACUGAUGAACAACGUCAGCAAGCUUUUAUGGGUGACUGCCGGUCCUGAGAGCGCACAACCCUACUGGGGUGUCAGCAAGGCUAUGGUUCACUGUAUGGCUUACGAAAACCCUCAGUCUGUUUUCCAGUAUUUGAAUAUUCUCGACCACCGAGAAGCGACUGCGCAGACCCUGGCUACAAAUUUUAUACGUCUGGUUCAUGCAGCUCCUGAAAAUGACCAUAGUCUGGAAGCCUGCGUGGAUAGCACCGAGUUUGAGUUGCGGCUUGUACAGGGCGUGCUGAAAAUUCCACGUAUUCGUAUGAGCGACUCCAUGAACCAACGGUACUCGGCCAACCGUCGUGUGGUCCAGCACCAUGCUGAUCUGCAACGUUCUGUUCUAGAGGUUGUUGCUCCAUCUGGCAAGCGUUGUGAAUUCGCCUUGCGUGAAACAGUGCAAUCUGAGUGUCGUGGCAAAAUGCACGGAGCAUAUCAUCGCCAAAUCCGCGUACUCUACUCAACAUUCACUGCAUUCAAGGUGGAUGGCGCAGGGUUUCUGUACUUGAUUCUUGGUCGUGAUGCAGAAGGCAAGACACGCUGGCUGGCAUUAUCAUAUCAAAAUGCUUCAGUGGUUGACGCACCUCUAGAGUGGUGCUGGCAAGUCCCAGACCUCCUGAGCGAGGCUACAGAGCCGAUAUUUUUGAUGAAGACGGCUGCAGCCUUGAUUGCUCUUCAUGUUAUAAACCAGGGACGCCGAAAUACGUCUGUUUUGGUUCAUGGAGCCGAAAACCUGCCUGAAAGUGUUCGUGAUGCGCUUUCGGCUUUGGCCCUAACCCGAGAUAUCAGACUGUAUUUCAGCACCAGCAUCCAAUCCACCCUUUCACAGAAGGAUAUGUUAUUCAUUCACGAGAGAACCUCUUCUCGUGAUCUAUCUCGUCUUCUACCUGCCGCAAUCUCCGUCAUUGCUAAGUGCCCUGGGACUGCAUGUGGAAUUUAUUGCCGAAUUGAAACUCUUUUACCCGAGGACAUCAUGCGAGUAGACAUUGCCAGCCUGGGUCGGAUGUCUUCAAGUCUACUUCGAUCCAGCAGCCCAGUCAACGUCGGACAGACCCUUUUGAUGGCCUGUGGGGUUGCACUGCAAUUAGGCAAAUCUCAUGACGUCGAUCUUAUCUCUGCCCAAGACCUGUCCAGACAUACGCCGGGAUCGAGUCAGUUGACGCUUCUAGAUUGGUCGCAGCCAGGCAAAGUGUCCGUCCUAAUCCAGACUGCAAGUUCCAUGGUCACCUUGUACGAACAGAAAACGUACUUGCUCGUUGGCAUGACCGGUGACCUAGGACAGUCUGUUUGUCGGUGGAUGAUCAGCAGGGGAGCUCGAUCAGUGGUUCUGGCUAGUCGGGCCCCCAAUAUUGAUCCAAGAUGGAUUGAGGAAAUGGCGACAAUGGGAGCCCAUGUCCUAGGGAUGGAAAUGGAUGUCACCAGCCGGGAAUCUAUCUGUCGUGCCCAUGACACUAUUCGCAGCACACUGCCUCCCAUUGGAGGAGUUGUCAACGGGGCAAUGGUGCUCAAUGAUUGCCUUUUUACCCAAAUGACGCUGGAUGAUAUGCAACGCGUGCUAGCCCCAAAGGUCCAAGGGAGCAUCCACCUGAACGACGUAUUUGGCAGCUAUGAUCUGGACUUCUUCAUACUGGUUGGAUCGGCCGCUGGGCCCCUGGGCAAUGUCGGCCAGACCGCCUACUCUGCUGCGACAGAAUUCAUGUCCGCACUGAUUCAACAGCGACGCGAACAAGGCCUCGUUGGCAGUAUCAUUCACCCUGGGCUGAUCAAGGGGGUAGGCUACUUCGCCCGAGCGGAUCGUGCCGUCCAAGACAUGAUCGAAAAGAACACAGGAACACCAGACUUGACUGAACACGACGUGCACGAGCUUUUUGCCGAAGGCAUUCUCGCAGGACGCCCUAAUUCCGGCCGAGAUCCAGAGGUCAUUGCCGGAUACAAGGUCAUUGACCCUGCCGAGAAUCCCAACGCGUUGUGGCUACGGAACCCGAAAGCGUGGAAUCUCGUCGGCUACGGUGCCCAUUCAGUAUCUCAAGUGUCUGGAAGUAGCGACGGUGUUCCGAUGAAGGUGCAACUGAAAUCAGCGAAGAGUAUGGACGACGCCAUCGAGGCAAUCGCACAAGGCUUUAUCAAGGCGGUUCGCUUGAAACUGCAGCUGUCGAACGAGGAAUCACUCACCGGGGUGGCUGCGUUGACUGAGCUUGGGGUGGACUCCCUUGUGGCUAUCGAGUUGCGGCAGUGGUUCGUCAAGGAGCUAGCUGUUGAUCUUCCGGUGUUGCAGAUCAUUGGUGGCUCGUCUAUCCGGGAUCUGUCUACGCUUGCUGCAUCGAAACUCUCGAGUGACUCCAUUCCGAACGUCCAGAAGGGUGAGAGUCAGCAGAGAUUGGUGAUAGAUGAAUAGUAGUUUUAUAUACACCUUGGGAUUAGAUGAGUUGGAUCGUUCACAAUUGGUAAAUUAUUUU